AGGGAGCAUAUAGAAGGGAAUUAGGUCGACGACACAAAGCUGAAGAAGGGUUUAAGAAAAGCCUUGCCCUUUUUCUUCAAAGAAAAACAGCCAGGUUAUUACCCGCUGCUCAAUCUUGAAGCUACUUGUUUUUCCAUCGAAACGAAAGACCGCCAGAAGCAAAAACAGAAGAGGAAAAGAUAGGAAAGAGAUGGACAAAAUGAAGAUCGAAGAGGUUCAAUCAACGGCCAAAAAACAGAGAAUCGCUACUCACACUCACAUCAAAGGCCUUGGUCUCGAUGCCAGUGGAAAUGCCAUUCGCCUGGCUGCAGGUUUUGUGGGGCAAGCAGAGGCAAGGGAAGCAGCUGGUCUUGUGGUGGAUAUGAUAAGACAGAAGAAGAUGGCUGGCCGCGCACUUUUGCUGGCUGGGCCUCCUGGUACUGGGAAAACAGCUUUGGCCCUUGGAAUAUCCCAAGAGCUUGGGAGCAAGGUACCAUUCUGUCCAAUGGUUGGAUCUGAAGUCUACUCAUCAGAAGUAAAGAAAACUGAGGUUUUGAUGGAAAAUUUCCGACGGGCUAUUGGUCUACGUAUCAAGGAAAAUAAAGAGGUCUAUGAAGGAGAGGUUACUGAACUCUCUCCUGAAGAAACAGAGAGUGUAACAGGUGGUUAUGGUAAAAGUAUUAGCCACGUAAUUAUUGGAUUGAAAACUGUGAAAGGGACAAAGCAACUGAAGUUGGACCCUACAAUUUAUGAUGCCUUGAUUAAAGAAAAGGUAGCUGUUGGAGAUGUUAUAUAUAUUGAAGCAAAUAGUGGAGCAGUUAAAAGGGUGGGCAGAAGUGAUGCUUUUGCCACAGAAUUUGACCUUGAAGCAGAAGAAUAUGUUCCACUUCCCAAAGGAGAGGUUCACAAAAAGAAGGAGAUAGUGCAGGAUGUAACACUACAUGAUCUGGACUCUGCCAAUGCACGGCCGCAAGGUGGGCAAGACAUAUUGUCUCUAAUGGGUCAGAUGAUGAAGCCCAGGAAGACUGAAAUCACUGACAAAUUACGACAAGAAAUAAAUAAGGUAGUUAACCGGUAUAUUGAUGAAGGUGUGGCAGAGCUCGUCCCAGGAGUUCUAUUCAUUGAUGAGGUGCAUAUGCUGGACAUGGAGUGCUUUUCAUACUUGAAUCGUGCUUUAGAGAGCUCACUAUCUCCAAUAGUAAUUUUUGCUACAAAUAGGGGAAUAUGUAACGUAAGGGGGACUGAUAUGAAUAGUCCUCAUGGCAUACCUGUUGACUUAUUGGACAGAUUGGUGAUCAUCCGCACACAGAUUUAUGGUCCUGCUGAAAUGAUACAGAUAUUAGCAAUUCGUGCACAGGUGGAAGAACUGGUUGUGGAUGAAGAAAGUCUAGCAUUCCUUGGAGAGAUGGGACAAAGCACAUCUUUAAGGCAUGCUGUUCAGCUGUUAUCACCUGCUGGCAUUGUGGCAAAAAUGAAUGGUCGAGACAGCAUUUGCAAGGCGGAUCUUGAGGAAGUGAGCAAGCUAUAUAUAGAUGCCAAGUCUUCAGCGAAGAUUCUUCAGGAGCAGCAGGAAAAAUUCAUUUCAUGAUAACCCUAUUUAAUUUGUUUCCCCUUUCCAAGCAGUUUUACCUUGAAUUUUGUUGUGUGGACUGCGGUGCUGCUGUGUUUGAGUAGCUUCCUUGGCAGCAGAAGGUACAGAAAGCUGAAGGGUCUAAUUUAGGGAUACCGCUGUACUUUUUGUCCGUCGUGCAUAGUGUCUGCAAUGGAAAAUGGGUUGCGGUUGGAGGCAUGUAAAGGCAGGGAGGUAUACUUCCUAAAGUCUUUUGGUACACAUGUGCCUUCCCCGCCAUUUUCCUGGAUGCAUUUUAAUCUUUGGUUAAUUCAAAGGUAAAAUGGGCAUUUAGGUGCUAAUUGAGACGUGUAAUUGCUGACUAUAUCUCUAUGAUGUAAAUUAGACGGAUGUGACUGGUGAAUUAUGGAUAAUGCUUCAACUCCAAUCCAGAUUAUUAAAUCGGUGAA